UGAUUUUUAAACGGAUGUUGAUUUCAGAUUGUCAAAAGUGAUUAGAAGUUUACAUAUCCAAUAUAAACUCUUUGGUCAGAAGUAUUAUUGGUCUCUGCGGUGUUUACUUUGGUGUUUACAUUAUACUGCUAUCAGUAUCUAAUAGUAAAUAAAGUUAUCAUGUGUGAACCAGAGGAGUCUGUUCUUACGGAAGAAGAUUACAAAAUACCACCUGUUAAAUACGAGUAUUUGGACCACACUGCGGAUGUUCAAUUGCACGCAUGGGGUGAUACUUUGAAGGAGGCGUUCGAGCAGUGCGGCAUGGCCAUGUUUGGCUACAUGACUGAUCUUGAAUAUGUCCAGAUUAAAGAAGUACACACAAUCGAGGCCACAGCUGAAGACCUUAUGGGCAUACUGUACCACUUUCUUGAUGAGUUAUUGUUUUUAUUCUCCGUAGAGCCUUUUUUAAUUUGCAAGAAGUUAGUAAUAACGGAAUUUGAUAUGAAGGAAUUUAAGAUAGUGUGCAAGUGCUACGGUGAAGAGUUUCAAAUCGGCAAACAUCCACAAGGCACGGAGGUGAAAGCAAUCACGUACUCGGCUAUGCAGAUCGUUGACGAACCAAAAGAUGAUAAAUAUGAAGUAUUUGUAAUUAUUGAUAUUUAAUUUUAUUGUUUUUAUCAAUUAAAUUUUUAUUCUUUUUUCAAUUAUU